CACUAAGCCACCGUUCCUGCCUUCCUCCCAGCCCCGAGUCCUGCCCCCUCGUGGUGCUCGCGAAAGAGCCACAGUCCAGCCCCGAGCGGAUCCUGGAGGCGGCACCGCAUGCACGAGGGCUAUUCCCUGCCCUUGGAUGAGUUCCGCAUGGCUGCCAUGCAGGGCAACCUCCCCGUCAUAAAAGCACUCGUCAAACAAGGAAUUGCUGUCGACCAGAUCUUGAAGUCAGGUUGGACGUGUCUGAUGUAUGCUUGCUCCAGCGGCAAGCAGCACAUCGUGGAGUAUCUGCUGCAACAAAAUGCCGACCCGAACCUCCAUAAGGAGCUGUUCACACCCCUCAUGGCUGCCUGUGCCUCUAGUCGGGAGUCCGAGUCAGACCUCCUGGAGUGUGUAGAACUCCUGUUGAAUUACGGCGCCAAGGUAGACACGGCCGAGCGCCACAGGAUGACAGCGCUCAUGUUUGCCAGCAAGGAAGGCCGCGCCACCAUCGUCCAGAAGCUCAUCAGUGAAAAGGCCGAUGUGAAUAAACAGGACAACAAGGGAUGGACAGCUUUAUGUUGGGCAGCAACCAAAGGUCAUGGAAAAGUGGUGCGAAUAUUGCUUCAGAAUUCAGCCGACCCUCUCAAGAUGAACACUCAUGGUCAGCGUCCAGCUGACAUAGCUCUUGCUGCAGGUUAUCCCGAGAUUGCAGACAUUCUAGAGCGUGUGUGUGUGAGGGAUUCGGAACCAAAUCCCCUUUUCAUCAAAGAAGAAGAUGACCUGGACUGUGUACCUCGCAAGCCUUCCUCAGAUGUCAAAACAAUCCAGAACUUCGGUGAACUUGAGAUGGUUCUGUCGGGCUUAGACUUGGCAUAUAUGAUACCCCUGUUUCAGGAACAUAAGGUGUCCUUUGAGACUUUCCUGCGUCUGACGGAGAAGGACCUUGAGAGCAUGAACGUGUCAGCCAUUGGAGUGCGCAAGAAAAUCCUCCAAGCUGUCAAAGAGAUCAACAAGAAGGAGUGGCAGACGUCUAGCCUCCCAGCCAUCACCUUAGACACACAACUUACAGUUCCUGAAGCAGUAGCCAUGAUCGCCAACAUGAAUAAGCAUAUCCGUUACAUGCAUGCAUCCAUAGGCUACCUGCGAGACCAGCUGCAAGGAAACCCUAGGCUGCUUCAACUGGGCCAGGAGGUGCACAAUGUGGUCUCACUCGCUAAGAGCUGUGGUGACACGCUCAAGCACUUGUCCAACUUUCAUGAGGAGGUCAAGUUCUUCAAGACCCAUCUUGAUAAGGUCAGUGGAAAUGCAGAGUACAGCUCAGCAGACCUCAUAGUGGACUAUGCAGACAACGGCAGAGUCUGGCAGCGACGCCUCUUAGCCUCACUCGUGGCCACAACGGCAAUCGCAACAAUUCUCUGGUACUCACGGCCUCGAGCCUUUGCCAAGAUCUUUAACAUUAGUGUUGUGCCGCACGAUACAGUUUUGUUAGAUGUGUAAGGCGGCUUCAUUCGUCAAAAGGGAAGUAAAGCUUUGUUUUAAAUGUGACAAGGAGAUGGAUUAAUUUUGUUUCUGUUUCUACUUCACUUUCAGAGUUGAGAUUUUUUUUUCUUCUUUCUACAUUGCUGUUAUUAUUAAGCAUUAUACUAGAGAAUACUAUAAUAUUGCUUUCUGAUACUUAUCAUUAAAUUCCUUACUAAGAAUCGUAAGGAUGUGGUAUAAAGAUAGUUUCUAAUUCUGUACAGAAAAAAAAAUGUUUUGAGUUACGAGUGUUUCUUUUAUUAUUCGUCUUUCUCUUUCACUUAGAAAAGAAACAUGCUCUAUUCACAACUUGUCCUGCCUUGUUAACCCGCUGUUGAUGGGAUGGCAGGAAUACCCUCCUUGUCCACUGUGUCUGAGUUGAUUGCCUUUACACACAAGUUGUCCCACGAGUAGCCUAAUCACCAAGGACUCAAUUACUAGUCCUGCCCAGCUCACCUGGUUACCCUUUUCAUUGUUUCUUGUUUCAUUUUUUAUUGCUGUAACUUAAUAACAUAAUAUUAAUUGUAGUGUCAACAACAAUAAUAAUAGCAUUGAUAUUAAUAGCAUUAGCAAAGGGACAGUUAGGCUUACUGAUUGGCUCCUUGGUGUCGGAGCACCUGUGGACCCAUCGACAUUUCACAAAAGAAAAUCACUGUAGACAGUGUGACUACUCAGCACCAUUGGGUUAAGUUAGAACCAGUGUGUAAUUUUGUUAUAUAUAUAAAUGGGUGUGUGUGUGUGUCUGUGUCUGUGUCUAUGUAUAUAUACAUGU